AUAUUACAUUAGUCAUUCUGCAAGGUUACGUGAACGCAGAGCGAGAUAGUAACCCUGGAAAUAAGAAUGGCGGCACACCCAUGAACGUAUUCCCGGCGGGUUGUGUUGACUUGCUGACAGGAUGCACAUCGCCGAUUUCGUGUCUGGCUCUUUGGCAGGGGCCUGUGGCAUGUCUGUGGGAUACCCGCUGGACACCAUCAAGGUCAGGAUCCAAACUCAAAGACAGUUUACGGGAAUAUGGCAGUGCAUCGCCACCACGUUUUCCAAAGAAGGGGUGCACGGCUUCUUCAAAGGCAUGUCGCUGCCGAUGGCGACCAUCUCCGUCACGUCCUCGGUGGCGUUCGGGACCUACAGGAAUUGUCUGCAGUGUUUGAAGCAGGCUCGAGGGGCCGCCCACGGCCCCAGCACCAAGCCGGAGAUUUUCCUUUCAGGGAUGGUGGGCGGCAUAAUGCAGGUGUUGCUGGUAGCGCCAGGUGACAUUGUCAAAGUGCGCCUUCAGUGUCAGACUGAGUCGGUGCGGCGAGGGACCAAGCCCAAGUACCGCGGGCCGGUCCACUGUAUGCUGAGCAUCCUCAAGGCGGAGGGCCUGCGGGGGUUGUACCGGGGGGCCAUGCCACUGGCGUUGAGGGACGGCCCCGGGUUCGCCAUGUACUUUCUGACCUACAACACCAUUUGUGAAUGGCUGACUGAGAGCGGGAGGGAGAAGCCAGCGUGGAGCGCAGUGAUGUUGGCCGGGGGGUUCGCGGGAACGGUGGCGUGGUCCAUCAGCACGCCCAUGGAUGUGAUUAAGGCCCGGCUGCAGGCGGACGGCGCACGGGAGACGCGGCGCUACAGGGGCUUCGCGCACUGCAUCGCCGAGACCAUACGCACCGAGGGAGUGGGCGUUUUCUUCCGGAGUCUGGGCAUCAACUGCCUGCGUGCUUUCCCCGUCAACUUGGUGGUGUUUGUCACCUACGAGCUUUUCAUGAGCCUCUUGCAGGCCAAGCCGGACAACACUGACACACCUCGGGUGGGCUUGGAAUGACUCCAUAAUUCUGCAACUUUGGGAC